AUGCUCGGCGCACCCCGCCACGACGGCGACGCCGCGGCGCGCGCGCACCAUCAGGAGCAGGACGCCGACGCCGCCGCUGGGCCCUCCUCGCCGAGAGGGCUCGUGCUCGCGUGCGCCGGCCUCCUCCAACGGGGCGACGUCGACGGCGCCCGGCGCGCGGCGGCCGAGGUCCUGUCCACCGCCGACCCGCGGGGCGACGCGGCCGACCGCCUCGCGCACCACUUCGCCCGCGCGCUCGCCCGCCGCGCGGACGGCAACAAGGCCGGCGGGGAGGGCGUCGCUGCGCCCGCGGGCGGAGCGGCUCCUUCUUCGGGCCCCGGGGCGCCGUCGGCGACGGCGUACCUGGCGUACAACCAAAUCGCGCCGUUCCUGCGGUUCGCGCACCUGACGGCGAACCAGGCGAUCCUGGAUGCCGCAGCUAGCGGCGGCGCGCGGCGCUUGCACAUCGUCGACCUCGACGCCGCGCACGGCGUGCAGUGGCCGCCGCUCCUGCAGGCCAUCGCCGACCGCGCGGACCCUGAUCUCGGCCCGCCCGAGGUCCGGAUCACGGGCGCCGGCCCCGACCGCGACGUGCUCCUCCGCACCGGCGACCGUCUCCGCGCCUUCGCCGGCACCCUUAACCUCCCAUUCCGCUUCCAUCCUCUCCUCCUCCCCUGCACCACGCAGCUCGCCGCUGAUCCAUCCACCGAGCUGGAGCUGCACCCGGACGAGACGCUGGCCGUCAACUGCGUGCUGUUCUUGCACAAGCUCGGCAGCGACGGCGAGAUCGCGGCGUUCCUGAACUGGGUCAAAUCCAUGAACCCCUCCGUGGUGACCCUCGCCGAGAGGGAAGCGAGCAUCGGCAGCGACUGCCCGGAGGACCUUCACCGGCGGGUCGCCGCGGCGAUGGACUACUACUCGGCGGUGUUCGAUGCCCUGGAGGCGACGGCGCCGCCGGGCAGCGCUGACCGUCUCGCAGUCGAGCAGGAGGUCCUCGGCCAGGAGAUCAACGCGGUGGUGGCGCCGGGCCACGCCGGCCGGCGAGCCCGAGGGUUCGAGUCCUGGGCUACCGCCGCUCGCGCUGCCGGCCUCUCGCCGCGGCCGCUGAGCGCGUUCGCGGUGUCGCAGGCACGGCUGCUGCUGCGGCUGCACUACCCGUCGGAGGGGUUCGUUGCCGAGGAGGCCCGCGGCGCAUGCUUCCUCGGCUGGCAGACGCGACCGCUCAUGUCGGUUUCGUCUUGGCAGUAGAUCGAUCGUCAAGAGGCCAGCGAUGUUCGACCUCGGCAGGGUGCGCCUGCUCCAUCCAUGGCUUCUCGCUCGCUAGCUAAGCAGGCCACCUGCACCACCGCAUUGCCACAACCAAUGAUACAUAAGCGAGCUGGUGAUCUCGUGGUUGAAGAGAUGGCUUUGGUAAGGUUUUGAGGGAAGAAGAAGAAGACCGCGCAUGCAUGCGACCAUGCAAGGAUCUAGCUGGGGGAAAAGAAACAUGGUCCUAGCUAAAGCUAGGUGCUUUGCUUCCAUUCUCAAGCUUCGGCGAUGGCGGGUGCUCAAUCGUGGAAGGCUACUACUACUUUUGGUGUACAGCAACGGACGAAGGAGGAAGAAGAUGCGGUGGAUGUGCGUAAAGGACACGUUGCAUGGGAACGCACCAUUGGGAGAUCCAUGCGAGGAUCUUUGGCAUAAUUCAAUUGCUCAACUUGUGCCACACGAAUUCUGCAGGAACGUACAGCGGCAUGCCUGCAUUAUCUAGCUGACGACGAACAGCAGCGGCGUACGUCCUGGUGGAACGGGCAGAGGAAUGUGAUGACACAUCUGCUUGCCAACCCUCGGAAGAAGAAGGCCAGAAGAGGCUUCUCUGGUGGUUCUGGUAGGCUGCAUGCAUGCACUCUCCCAUUGAUUUGGCAUGUCAUGCAUGGCGGCCAUGGCAUGGAUGGCUCGAACUCGAAUUUCUGUGUGUGUGCAUCAAAUAUCGCCGUGCAAAUUGGAACAGCGUACUGGCUAAUUUAACUGUUGCCCUCCUCAAAUGGGGUAAUUAAUAACUGGGGUCAUCAA